CCCAUUUUCCCCCCAGCAGUAUCAAGACAGCAUCCAACGGAGUAAUGUCAAUCUGCCGGCUGCAAACUCGUGCAUCGUCCAUUUUUACCACCUCGAUCCGGUUGUUUAGUUCCGCUAUUGCGAAAAGCAUGGAAAAGCACGAAGUGGUCCCCGACGUGGUGCCGGUUGCCCCGACCGAGGUGGCCAAGGUAACGUACCCGAGCGGCGCGGUCGUCAGCGAGGGAAACGUACUCACCCCGACCCAGGUAAAGGACGUACCGAAGGUGGAGUGGAAUGCAGAAAGUGGCGCCAUGUACACGCUCUGCAUGACCGAUCCGGAUGCACCGAGCCGCAAGGAACCGACGUACCGCGAAUGGCAUCACUGGCUGGUUGGAAACAUUCCCGGAACCGACGUGUCGAAGGGUGAGACGCUGUCGGCGUACGUUGGCUCGGGACCGCCGCAGGGAACCGGUCUCCAUCGUUACGUGUUUCUGGUGUACAAACAAGAUGGCAAACUAACGUUCGAUGAGCCCCGGCUGACGAAUACCAGUGCAGACAAUCGUGGCGGAUUCGCCAUCCGUAAGUUUGCCGAGAAGUAUAAGCUGGGCAACCCGGUUGCCGGGAACCUGUAUCAGGCCGAAUGGGACGAUUAUGUGCCGCUGCUGUACAAGCAGCUGGGAGCAUAAGUUGGUACUCCCGCCUGGCUAAAUUGGCUUAAUUGGUGAGAAGGGUAGGGCAAUAGCAUCACCCAAUGUCGUACUGCACCGUAUUGCACUUAACGUCUGUGUCGGGAAAGCAGCCCCGUUCAACGGUAGAAAUUGCUAGAAGCACCGACGUCGUUGGAAAAGAAAAAAGACAAAAAGAGUAAAAAUAAACACUACUGAUAAACCUUCCAUGCACGGUGCAAAGCCCCGAACCUGUGUCAUAAUAGGGAGCUCAAUCA